UAGAUUUGGUUUUUGGCAGUUAUAUUGUUUAUUGAACAACAGUAUGUGAUGUAAUAGUGGUAUUUUGUACUUGUUCUACAGUUAUGUUUCUUUAGUUAUAAGGUAUAACGAGUAUUUUGAUUGAAAAAAAAAACGACAGCCAUGCCGCCUGGGCCUGUUCAAAUUGUUCAGACGGAUCUCAACAGUAAGAAUGAUGCAGCAGCAGAAGAAACUCCAGCUACUAAACCCAUCGUUGGUAUCAUAUAUCCACCUCCUGAGGUCCGAAAUAUUGUUGAUAAGACCGCAAGCUUUGUUGCCAGAAACGGACCUGAGUUUGAAGCAAGAAUCCGACAGAAUGAGAUCAACAAUCCAAAAUUCAAUUUCCUCAACCCCAAUGACCCCUACCAUGCUUACUAUCGUCACAAGGUGAAUGAGUUUAAGGAGGGAAAAGCUCAAGAACCAUCUGCAGUUGUGCCCAAGGUCAUGCAGCAGCAGGCCAUGCAGCAGGCCCAACAGCUUCCUCAGAAAGUGCAGUCACAGGUGAUUCAGGAGACGGUGAUUCCUAAAGAACCUCCCCCUGAGUUUGAGUUUAUUGCUGAUCCUCCAUCAAUCUCUGCAUUUGAUCUGGAUGUUGUCAAGCUGACAGCUCAGUUUGUUGCUCGUAACGGUCGUCAGUUUCUCACUCAGCUCAUGCAAAAAGAACAGAGGAACUACCAGUUUGACUUUCUGCGCCCACAGCACAGCCUCUUCAACUACUUCACCAAGCUGGUUGAGCAGUACACUAAGAUUUUGAUCCCUCCAAAAGGGCUCCUGUCAAAGAUGAAGAGAGAAGCUGAGAAUCCAAGAGAGGUUAUGGACCAGGUGAGGUACCGUGUGGAGUGGGCAAAGUUCCAAGAGCGUGAGAGAAAGAAGGAGGAGGAGGAACGGGAGAAGGAACGAGUGGCUUACGCCCAGAUUGACUGGCAUGACUUUGUCGUUGUUGAGACGGUGGAUUUUCAGCCCAAUGAGCAAGGACACUUUCCUCCACCGACCACACCUGAAGAACUUGGAGCGCGCAUCCUCAUCCAAGAGCGCUAUGAGAAGUACGGAGAGAGCGAAGAGGUGGAGAUGGAGGUUGAAAGUGAAGAUGAUGAUGAUGAGCGGGAGGAACGGGAUGAAGGCCAGCCGUCACAGCCUGAUCAGGACACCCAGGUGCAGGACAUGGAUGAGGGGUCUGAUGAAGAGGACGAUGGCAUGAAGGCACCACUGCCUCCUGACACCCCGAUGCCCCCCCCACUGCCCCCAACUCCAGACCAGGUUAUUAUUCGCAAAGACUACGAUCCUAAAGCUUCAAAGCCUCUGCCUUCAGCUGUAGCUCCAGAUGAGUACCUGAUUUCACCCAUUACCGGUGAGAAGAUUCCAGCCAGUAAGGUGCAGGAGCACAUGCGUAUCGGCCUGCUGGACCCUCGCUGGCUGGAGCAAAGGGAUCGCAGCAUCAGGGAAAGGCAGACCGAAGACGAGGUUUAUGCUCCUGGUCUGGAUAUUGAGAGCAGCCUGAAACAACUAGCAGAGAGGCGUACAGAUAUCUUUGGUGUGGAGGAGACAGCCAUUGGUAAGAAGAUUGGUGAAGAAGAAAUCCAGAAGCCUGAGGAGAAGGUGACCUGGGAUGGCCACUCAGGAAGCAUGGCGCGCACACAACAGGCGGCACAGGCCAACAUCACCCUGCAAGAGCAGAUAGAAGCCAUCCACAAGGCCAAAGGGCUUGUGGGAGAGGAUGACAACAAGGAGAAAAUCGGCCCGAGCAAACCCAAUGAAAUUCCUCACCAGCCUCCCAUUCCCUCGUCUGCACCAAGCUUGCCGAAGCCCACCCCUCCUGUUACUGCUGUGCCUCGUCCGCCCAUCACUGUGGCUCCUCCCGUGCGCACCACCCUUCUCUCUGCCAUGCCUGUGAUUCCACGCCCGCCUGUUCCGCCUGUGGUGCGCCUGGCUCCAGGACAGGUUCUGGCCCCAGUGCCUCCCAUGAUUCCUGCUCCCCGCAUUAAUGUGGUGCCCAUGCCGCCGGCCGCGCCCCACAUUAUGGCCCCAAGACCUCCUGUGGUGGUUCCUGCUGCAUUUGUGCCAGCGCCUCCAGCACCGCAGCCCCCGAGCUCCGCCCCCGCACCGCCAUCCCACCCUCCCCCGCCUCACGACGACGAGCCACCCAGCAAGAAGAUGAAAACAGAAGACAACCUCAUUCCUGAGGAAGAAUUCCUGCGUCGCACUAAGGGUCCUGUGGCUGUUAAGGUGCAAGUCCCCAACAUGCAGGACAAGACAGAGUGGAAGCUGAGUGGCCAAGUGCUGAAUUUCACCGUCCCGCUCACAGACCAGGUGUCUGUGAUUAAAGUCAAAAUCCACGAGGCCACGGGAAUGCCCGCUGGAAAACAGAAGCUGCAGUAUGAGGGAAUUUUCAUCAAGGAUUCCAACUCUCUGGCUUAUUACAACAUGACCAGUGGCUCAGUUAUCCACUUGGCACUGAAAGAGAGAGGAGGAAGAAAGAAGUGAAGCCUGCACAGGUCAACGGGAACAUUUGUUACUGACUGCGGUUGAAUAAUUGUCAGUUAUAUUUUAGCGUGCGUGUGUGUGUGUGUGUGAAAUCCCACAUUA